ACCACUUCUUGCCAACAGUUCUUCUUGCUCGAUCUAUCCUCCGAUCGUGAGCUUCGUGGCCGGUUUUCACUAUCUAGCUAGAUCCUACCGUUUGAUCGAGACGCCGCCGGGGGUGGCAAUGGAGACGCCCAAACUGCCUCUGGCUUUCUUCCUCACCGUCGCCGCGCUGCUCGCCGCGCCGGCCGCCGUGGCGGCCUGGUCCAAGGCCACGGCCACGUUCUACGGCGGCAGCGACGCCUCCGGCACAAUGGGCGGGGCGUGCGGGUACGGCAACCUGUACACGACGGGGUACGGCACGGCCACGACGGCGCUGAGCCAGGCGCUCUUCAGCGGCGGCGCGUCGUGCGGCCAGUGCUUCCAGAUCGCCUGCGACUCCCAGACGGACGGGCGGUGGUGCCUCCCGGGCGCCGGCCCCGUGACGGUCACCGCCACCAACCUCUGCCCGCCCAACUACGCGCUCCCCAGCGACAACGGCGGCUGGUGCAACCCGCCGCGGACGCACUUCGACAUGGCGCAGCCGGCCUGGGUCAAGAUCGGCGUCUACCAGGGCGGCAUCAUCCCCGUGCUGUACCAGCGCGUGGCGUGCGCCACGCAGGGCGGCGUGCGCUUCACCAUCACGGGAUUCAACUACUACGAGCUCGUACUCAUCUCCAACGUCGGCGGCAGCGGCUCCGUCGCCAGCGCCUGGGUUCAGGGCACCUCCACCAACCGGGUGCCCAUGAGCAGGAACUGGGGCGCCAACUGGCAGUCGCUCGCCGGGAUCGCCGGACAGGCGCUCACCUUCGGCGUCACCACCACCGGCGGACAGACCAUCAUCUUCCAGAACGUCGUGCCGCCCAACUGGGCAUUCGGCAUGUCCUUCAUGAGCAACCUGCAGUUCUCCUACUGAUCACUCACCCUGCCUCUGCCUGCACUUAGCGCCUAGCUAGGACGACGGAGCACUGACUGUUGGCUAUAGCAUUCUUCAGAUCGACCGUCAGUAGAUAGAUUAUUGGAGGCCGGAAAGCUCUCCGGCUGGAGCACUUGCAUGAUGUGCAAAUAUGUUCUUCA